AUGGCUCAGUCAGCGACCGCAGAGGUUAAACCCAUGAACAAGUACGAGACCAUAAUGUGGGAGGACAAGAUGAAAGAGCGGAUUCUAUCUCACGCACGCGCUGUUCAUGGAAAAUACUAUUGCCAGGGCUCCGUUUUCGAUAUCGUUCACACGACUGUCAAGAUCUCCGACGACCUCACUUACUGCGAAACGCACCUGAUCAUCUACGAGAUGUUGAAGAGUAACAACAGGUGGAGGGUUCUCGAUUCUACACAGAAGAAUGAGAGCGUCACGGACGGAUUGAACACGCUUAUGGAAAAGCUGAAGGAGCAGAUGCAUGGUGCCAUAAGUAAGCCGCCCCACGAACUCUUUCCAGAUCCGGGUACUGACAUCUCACUACGUUCCGAGUGGAAGGAGCAGCAGGAGAAGAUCGCCGACGAGAAGGAAAAGAAGGAUGGAUACUAUUAG